AUGGGCGUCAGGUCUCUCGUCUCAUUCGGCUUUGUCCUCAUCCCUAUCGCGGUCACCAUCAGCGUACUACUGGGCAUUCAAGCAUAUCGCGAGUCCAAAGGACUCCCGUCGAACCCCUUUAUCGACAACUCGGUCAAGUCAUCAGUAUAUUGUCAAAAGGCUUUCGGUGUCCAUCCCUUCUCAAAUGGCCAAGAAUAUACAUUUACCCCUGUCAUGUUUGACAACUUUAAGUUGUCAAGGUUUUUCGUGUACCUGGACCAUUACCCAGUCGGGACUGGCUUUGCUUUGGUGCUUGUGGAUAUACCUUCCGACCGCCGACGCUACUUUGUCGGUCAAAUCAAGGCCGCGACCAAUCACUAUUCAGAUAACAGAAAGCUGACAAUCUCAAUCCUUCCCAGAAACCCAAACCAAUGGGCGCUCCCCGACGACUAUACUGGACCAGGCGCAUUGUGUAUGAAUGUUACCACAUUGAGCAAUGGCUCUUAUCCGACCAAGACCACCGCCCCAGAGUGGUCGAUCACUUGGCAGUUUCCCCGUGGCCCUCCCACACAGCCCGUUCACGCCUUUUCCAAUAUCAAACUCGACUCGAAUGUGUUUCCGAUCGAGAUCUCCCAGGUCUCUGCUAUCAACUUUGAGACUGAAUGGUACUAUGGAGUUGGCGAUGAAAGGCCCGAGGCUAUGAACAUCGCCGACCUGACUGCUGCUGCACUGGAUGCCAAUGUGGCAGUCGAUAUGUUUUUGGAUUCCGAUCCGGACAAGGCCACCAACGUCGAGGAAGCCAAGUACGAAGUCAUGAUUUGGCUGGGUCAAUUUGGUGCGUCGACGCAGCAAAUUGGUCUGGCAGAAGGAGCCAUCGCCACCCAAGUCGUCAACGGGACCACCUUCUCGCUCUAUUCCGGUGUCAAUGGUCUCGGCCAAAGCGUGCUUUCAUGGGUGGCUAGCGAUGCUGCGGCUGGCGUGCAAACCUUCAACGCCGAUAUAGGCCCUUUGCUGCAAGGUCUGACCGGGCUGGGAGGGCCUACUGUGAAUGACUAUCUUGGAUAUAUUGCAUUCGGUUCCGAGGCCCUUGAUUCGGCGACGAACGUCACUUUUUACAACAAGGUGCUCUCUAUGGAUGUGAUCUCUUUGUGA